AAGUGUAGCUAACACGAACAAACCUACCUCUGACUGCGUGAAGCUGAACGUGCGUCCAGCUGUGCUUUCGCGAUCUGAUCUAGUGGCCUAAUUCUAGAAUCAUCGGGGAGCGUCGUACCGACGUCACACUAGGAACCCUUCCAUACUUUAUUGGCAUUCUCAUUAGUCGAAAACUUUGCAGCGAGAUGCUACGGUAGCAUUUCGCUGCUCGUAAAAAUCCAGCCUAUCAUGACCCUGCGUGAUCCGUUUGGUCCUCGUAUUUCGGUUCCCCGAUACUUUUCAACUGGCAAUGGACAACCUCCAAAAUUUGGAAGAGAGAUGUGAAGAUGCAGUUUUCAAAGUCUGCGACGCUAGAGAACGUUUUUCAAGAAAAUGUGCAGAGGGACUCGACAACUAUCUAUUUUUGGAAACCAGGCUGGUGAUUCGAUGGCCGAACGAGUACUUCAUAUUGGAAACUAAUGUUUUGAAAACGAUGACUUGGCGUGUUACGCAGUCGUUUAUCGGUUGCUUGCCGCAAUGCGACUAACGCGAACACCUGAAACCAAGCCAAGCGGUUCUCUACCGCUCACGGAUGAGGGGCAAUCAGUGACCAAUAAACGGUACUGUGGUCAUUUUCAAUUGGCUCUACGCCAGCUGCGAAACUGGCAAAAAGUAAUAAAUAUAGUGUGGCAAAAAGCCGUACAACUGUCGAUGAGCUCCCAUGCUAGCUUAAAUAACCAGGAUCGGCAUGUACAAUGAGAGUUUGACAAACAUAGAUAUUAUAUGUCAAGGUUCAAUUGAAAACCAGUCGACAGUGCUCGAAAUACCACGUGAGACGACUUUGUGACAUAAAUCUGGACAAUUUUGAAUCUGGCGACGUCUACCUAGCAUAUCACUGUUUAGAUCAUUGUGAAUAAUCACGGUUUUCCGACUACUGAAUCGUCCUCAAAGCAGGGAACCGUAAGUGAUGAUUCUAAUGGAGGCAGGCAUACUCAUUUUGAAAGCACAAGCUCUAAUGAAGGAUUUCAAUCUGGUGAAACAGUGAAUUCUUCUACCAUAUUUUACUACAACAAACGUGGCACACUACAAAUUUUUGAAUAAAAUGUGUAUCAGUCUCAAAGGGGGUCGAAUGCAGAGCUGAAACUUUCAGGUGUUAUUCAACUUGUGCCAAGUUUUACAGAUCAUAACUUUAAACAAUGAACAAUUUUUGCGAAUUCGAGAAUCACUGCACAUAUACCGGGUCACCCAAGACUAUCGCCCCAUAGGCAACCGACGUGUUCCUCCUUGAAGUGAAAAUCGGCGACUGAAACGGUUUUUACUUUUGUUACGAAUUUUGUCAUUUGCGAACUAAAGUUGUUUGAAAUUAUCCGAUCUGAUAGCAUCUGAGCGCUCAGGAUAGCAGCCGAGCUCACGACGGUCAAAUGACGAUUAGCCAGCCCUGUUCUCGUUCUAUGCCGAGCCAUCAGAUGCUACUGGAUUGGCCAUUUUCAAACGGCUGUAGAUCGUAAACGAAAAUUUUUUCACGAAGAGUAAAUACACGCAAAGUCGCCGAUUUUCGCGAGGAAUACAUAUUAGUGACCCGUGGGGCGAUAACCCUGGGUCACCCUGUACAUGCCGCUUGUGUAAAAGUCUUCAGAACUGUUACACUACCUUGUAGGUUCGUUAUAUUUAAAGGUGAACUUGUAUAUGUUCUGCUUGUUGGAGAGCCAAUACGAGCCAGGAACAUUCAAGGUGGGCUGGGCCUGCACUUGACCGGUCCUAUCAGACUUGCCAAUACCCGAUAUACGUAUUCCAGGCAUUCUUUCGAUGGUUUCAAUUCUCGAAACAAAGGAACCAGUCUGGUCGUUUUUUCACCGUUGACGUUUUCCUCGACUAUGAAAGUCAAGAAGUACAGCACCCUUUGCUGAAGACCAAGAAUUUUGUUGAGUCGUUAAUGGAGCGCCCGAAAAAAAACAAAUAUUACUAAACAAUUGAUUCAGAGCAAAUUCGCUUCAACGGUAACAAGUUAGUUAUUAUUCAAUAUUAACAUUGCUUAGCAAUAAUCAAUUCAAAAUUGAACACGAAAGAUGUGAGGAAAUCCAAACUAAAAAUUCAUCAGAAACGGUAAAAUCAAGUAUAUGAAAACACUAAUUAAAAGGAGUAGUAUCGACACUAGGUAUUUAUGGAUCUUUAUUAAUGCCGAACUUGGUAAUAGAACAAACGGGAAAUGUGACACGGACCGGAUACUUAGCGAGAGCAAUCCGAAAAUAAUUCAGUGCGUAGUAAUAGCUAAGAUAACGGACACAACAUUUUGUAAUGUUGCAGGAUUAUUGAGAAAUAAAAUUGAGCUACCCAUUGAACAAACGGGAAAUAUGACACGGACCGGAUACUUAGCGAGAGCAAUCCGAAAAUAAUUCAGUGCGUAGUAGUAGCUAAGAUAACGGGCACAACAUUUUGUAAUGUUGCAGGAUUAUUGAGAAAUAAAAUUGAGCUACCCAUUGGUGCUGAAA